CGUUUUGGAAACUCUUUUUGCACUAAACCAUUAGAUGCAUUACAUGAUCCUACGGUGGAGCUCAGCUCCUGUUUCUAUAUAAAUAUUAAAAUAAACUGUUACAGAUGGCAAGUUUAGAAAAGGAUCAUUCAUACUCUGGAAGCCCACAGCAGCCAGAGGCUACACCUGAAGAGUAUGCAGUUGCAGAUGUUGGCAUUUCACACCGUUUGAGAGACCGAGAGCUUCUCAGAAAAAGAAGAGCAGAAGCAGAAGAAAAAGAUAUUCAACAGUGGGUUCUGGGGGAGCAAAAGAGACACAAGCGAGCACGGAAAGGAAGAGCAACUGGAAGGGGCCGGGGCCGGCAUCAGGCUCCACAACCAGAACCACAACCAGAAUUGCAGUCAGAGGAAGCUGAGAGUCAUGAAACACAGGUAGCCGCAGUGGAGGAGAAAGCUGAAGUCACUCAUGGACUCCAUGAAGAAUGCUCUGUCCCUCUGGUGGUAACGGAAGGGCUGUAUUCCCAAGAGGAAAUAACUCCAUCUGUUUUCAGAUGUGCUCAUCAACCAGGAAUAGAGGAGACACCAAGACCAGAAGGAUCAGAGGAGCCUCAGUCUUUGGAAAAUGAUCACUUGGAGCAAGAUUUAUUUGGCUUUUAAUUGAAAAGUUGCUUGUGGAUAAUAAUUAUUCCUAUUCAAUGUGGAAAAGUUGUUAGACUUACAUGGUACCUGUCAUUCUUGUGUGAGCAAUAAAAAAAUCUGGAGGCCUUUCUCGUAAUUUUCCUGCCAUUUCUUCUUUUCAAAAUACCCAGUGACUGUGUCUUCCUUUGGAGGAUGCAGGACAAGGGAUUUUGUAUUUUGUAUUUUUUUUUAAUGUUCGGUUUACUGACCUACACUCAAAUGAAAUAGCUUCUUCAUCUAAGUAUUUUUAACAUGCCUUAGCCUGGAAUUAUCAUUAUCUUCAACUAUGAUGAUGGAGAACAAUGGUAACUAUCCAAGACAUCGUGUAGCUCCAGGCUGGAAAAAGUUGAAAUGGAGGCAAGCAGAAUUUCUCUGCCAGAUCACUUCUUCACAUCAGAACUGUCUAGAGGGAGACAUUCUACAUCCAUCUAUAGUGCUUUGUCUGCAUAUAAAUAAUGCGUUAGAACAGGAAAGAACAAAGAUGAAUAAUGUAGAGAAACACGCAAAGACAGAUACCUCCCCAACAUUUUUUUCCUCCUUGUUUCUUAUUUGUAGUCAUUAGGCAAGUGAAUGUUUGUGCUACGUCAUUGUGUAGAUGGGACCUACAUGACUGAAUGCACCUGUUUUUUUUUAAUCCCUUCCCAGAAUUAAGCAGGAAACAAUAAAUCAAUUAUUCUGCCUCAUUCAUGCAAGUUUUUAGACGCAUCUCAGAAGCAUCGUCUCCAAUUUAUAUACUUCUGUCAUUUCCCACAAUUAUUAUUUUCAAAUAGUCCACUGAGGGGAAAAAGUCAAACAACUCUAGGAGAUCUUUAGAUUGAUAACAUUUGGAAUUCUCUAUUUAGAACAAUUCAGGUAUCGAAUAAUGGGUUUUAGCCCUAUAGUCUUCUUUUUCCUAUAUAUAAAAUAUAGACAUGUGUGUUUGAGACCAUGCAUGUGGAGCCCAUAACAGGAACUAAGUGAGUAGUCCAUGUGUACAUGUACAGAGUAAUAUAAUUACACACAUCUCCUACUUUGCUGAUUUCACCUGAUAAGAAUAAUAUAGGCUAGUGAAACUCCAUACACUAUUGACAUUUUUACUUCACAAUUCUUAGAAGCAGCUUGAAGGCAAUCCAUGGUCAGAGUUUGGAACAGAUGGAUCUGGAGAUUUGGAAAUAUUUAAAAUAAUUAAUAAGUCAAUUUAUUGCGGAAUUUCUUGUAUGAGUAUGUUUGGUUUCUGUAUACCCUUCAGAGACUGUGGUAGUGAAUGGUUUAGGAAACUAAUAAAUGA